UGAUUCAAGAGUCAUCUGUAGCUGAAUAAUGUUCUAUUUAUUCAUCAUUUUCAUUUUAUCACCCGUACGGGGUCAGUGGAGCCCAAUCGAAAAUCCAAAUUUAUACCAUGGAGAUAUUUUACGAUUUGAUGAUUUACAGGAUAGAAAUGCCAUUCCGACCAAUGAGCGAAGAUGGCCCGAUGGCGUCAUCCCAUACAAGAUGGACCGAGGUGUAGAUGAUAUAAAAGACGAUAUCUUGAAGGCAAUGAAACAUAUCAUGGACAAGACUUGCAUUAAGUUUGUUCCUUGGGACGGAAUAGAAAGAGGAUACAUAAAAAUAUUUCCUGGAGAUGGAUGCUAUUCCUAUAAGGGAAGAAUCGGAAAGAUCCAACCUGUAUCUUUGGGGUACGGCUGUGAACCCAUAGGAACCAUAAUCCACGAGUUGACGCAUGCUAUCGGAUUUGAUCAUGAACAAAACAGAUCCGACAGGGAUGAUUAUCUUGUUAUAUUUUGGCAAAAUAUAAAACCUGGUACGUUUGACCAGUUCGAUAAGCUGAAGCCAGAUGAAAACCGAUUAAUCAAUGAGUUUGAUUACGAUUCAAUAAUGCUUUACGGACAAAAGACAUUUUCUAGAGAUGGAUUCUCGAAGACCAUGAAGCCUAAAAAGAAAGGAGCCGAAAUGAUCGAAGUUGCAAAGAAAACUCAACUCAGUGAAAGUGAUGUUUACAGAAUAAACACUUUGUAUGAAUGCAAAGGCAAAAUAAAGUAA